AUGUUAAAACUAUCCCCCCUCCUCCCCUUCCUCCUUCUCCCCCUCCUCACAUCCGCCGAAUUCACCUUCCCAGACGACACCACCAUCCCGCCAAAUGGCACCUGCUCAACAACCUACACCCGCCCACUGCCAUGCAGCCCCGACCUGCUAUCUCUCGUCGACAACACCACCGAUGCCAGUAUCCGCUUCGCACCCACGCUGCUGGCGAGCACUUGCACAUCCGAAUGCUACAGCGCCCUAACACAGUGGACGAGUGACAUCCGAAGAGACUGCACAAACGCAACCUUCGCCUCCUCCUCCUCCUACAUCCCGCCCAGCAGCGGCACAAUCACCCUACAAAAAAUCCUAGACCCGAAAACGCAAUGGCUAGAAACCGCCUGGUUCGCCACAUGCCUAACAGACCCAACACUCUCCACCCACCCCUUCUGCACAACCUACAACGCCACCACCAAAUCCCUCACCCGCCUCUACAACCCCGCCCUCAUGCAAACCCUCAAUACAACCACCGCCUUCUGCAACAGCUCCUGCGCAGUGCAGACAAGCAUCUACCUGCACGAGACCAGCGCCCAGAAGCCCAACGUGCUGGACCCGCGCCAGGUGUGUCCCGGCCUAGACACCCGGCCGUUCCCGUUUCCGGAGGCGUGGAAAGUCAAGAGUAGUCCUGGAUGGCAGUCAGGCGGUGAGAGCGGACGGGGUGUGGAUGGGCCCGUAGGAUCAAGCAACAGCACCACCAGCGGCGAACCCGGUAGACCUGGGGGGAAUGAGACUUCUGCCAACUCCACAGGAUCCGGAUGGCAAACCGGCGGAGAGGGUGGAAGACCGUCUGUCAAUGAAAGCACUGGAAACUCCACCGGGUGGCAUCAAGGCGGGGAGGGUGGGAGGGGGCUAAAUAAUAGCAGCGUGGUCAACGACACGCAACAAGGAGGCAAUUUACCCGCGGCCAAUGGCGCAGAGGAAGGAGCAAGGGUAUCGUUACUAGCUGUAGCGAUUGUGAUUGGAGCCAUGGUGGUAGGGUUAUAG